AUGGCCUCUUCCAACUACCCUCUUCUGUUCUUCCUCAUCGUAAUUCUCAAAAUUUUCAGAGUGGACUCCAAAGCGGUCAUCAUCCUGGAAGAUGGCUACACAGUUAGCACCAUCUUCGAUGGCAACAAGCACCAUGUAAACCCUCACUCCGUUCUCCCUCAAUUUGGGUCCUCUGAUUUCACCGUGCUUGAUUCUUUAACCAGUACCUUUUACUCCAUUUCUUCCGCCAACCCACCAGUGAUCAAGAAGCUAGCAGGUAAUGGAGUGGCAGGGUAUGCUGAUGGUGACUUGGGAUCAGCAAUUUUCAAUAAGCCCAAUAGUUUCGCGGUUGAUUACAAAGGGAAUUUGUAUGUUGCUGAUAAACUCAACCAUAUCAUCAGAAAAAUAAGUCAGACAGGUGUGACCACGAUUGCUGGAGGUUAUUAUCGAAAGAUAGGCAAAGCUGAUGGGCCUGCCCAGAAUGCAUCAUUCUCAAAUGACUUUGAACUAGUUUUUGUUCCGGGAAUCUGUGCUUUAGUCAUAGCCGACCGUGGUAACAAUUUAGUCCGCCAGAUAAAUCUGAAGGCUGAAGAUUGUUCACAUGCUUCUCAAUCAGUUAUGGGGCAGGCCUCUGCUUGGGCGCUGGGGCUUGGAUUGUCUUGUUUGCUUGGCUUAAUUAUUGGCUUUGUAAUUCGCCCCUAUAUUAUGUCACGGGGAGGACUGAUCCUGAGAACUUGCAACAAGACAUGGACAGAUUGCCUAACUUGCUUGGGGAGACAACUAGUGAUGCUUUGCUUCGUCAUGAAAAACGUAGUUGUUAGGAUGACCAUAUAUGAAGCUUUAAGAAAGGUCAUUGUUUUUAGCCUGUCUACUUUAUCGCUUAUGUUUAGGAUUAAAACCGGAGAACCCCAGAAUUACCAAAAACCUGUAUCUUUAUUGGAUUGCGAUCACCUAAGAAACAAUGACCUAGGAAAGUUGUACUUCGAUCAACUGAAGGAUUUGAUAAGUUUUGAUGAAGGGACAGCAUCAUCAUCAGUUGUUGCUGAGGAUAACAUUCAACAGAACGAGGAUGAGAAUGAUAAGACUGGUUGGUCUGCAGUAAGCAAUAGCAAAGUCGACGCCCUCAUAGAAGCUAAUAUAACGAGGUUUUGCGUGCAGGCUAAUGAAAACUUGCUGGCAGAACAUCUGGAAUGUAACCUGCGUCUAGCUAGAAGAAGGUAA